AUGCCCAGCAGCUCUCUGGGCUGCCGCUCGCAUCCCAUCGGCAAAGGAAUCUACAAAGGACAUUGCUUCCGUAUCAACCACUUCCCUGAAGACAAUGACUAUGACCAUGACAGCUCAGAAUACCUUCUCCGCAUAGUCCGUGCCUCCAGCGUGUUCCCCAUCCUAAGCACAAUAUUGCUGUUGCUGGGAGGACUCUGUGUCGGAGCAGGAAGGAUUUACAACAGCAAAAACAACAUUAUUCUCAGCGCUGGGAUUCUCUUUGUUGCAGCAGGACUAAGUAAUAUCAUAGGGAUCAUUGUCUACAUAUCAAGCAAUGCAGGUGACCCAAGUGACAAGCGAGAUGAGGACAAAAAGAACCAUUACAACUAUGGUUGGUCUUUUUAUUUUGGAGCCUUGUCUUUUAUUGUGGCCGAAACCAUAGGUGUUCUGGCUGUGAACAUUUAUAUUGAGAAGAACAAAGAGCUGAGGUUUAAGACCAAGAGGGAAUUCCUUAAGACUUCUUCCAGUUCUCCUUAUGCCAGGAUGCCAAGUUAUAGGUACAGGAGGCGGAGGUCCAGAUCCAGUUCUCGAUCUACAGAGCCUUCUCCAUCUAGAGACAUUUCUCCGGUUGGCAUGAAGAUAGCAAGCACCAUUCCCAUGAACGAAAUUUCCAUGUACACUCUUUCCAGAGAGCCUUUGAAGGUUACAACAGCUGCCAGCUACAACGCAGACCAAGAAGCCAGUUUUCUGCAGGUUCACAACUUCCUUCAGAAGGAAUUUAAGGAAGGACUCCACGUCAACAUGGUCAACAGGAGAACAACGCCUGUUUGA